GUCGAUGUCAACAAUAUCGUGGCAUUUCGUGAUUUGUUCCUUAAUUUAGUACUUGAAAAACUAAAAACGGUAGCCUAUAACACGUAUUUAUAAUUUUUGAUUUCGUUGGACAUGAUGGGAGAAUAACAGACUUUGGAAUGUUGAAGACUCUGUCGUUGAUUGUGUAAUUUGACAGAGAAACACCUAGAGCAGAUGAAUGGAUUGGAAAUAAAGCACAAUGCCGAUAGACAGAAGAGCUGGCUUACAGUUGGGACUGCUGUUGAUGGCAGUUCCGUUACAAUACAUCAUGUCUAAAUACAUGUCAACCAAUGAAUCUCAACGAAGCUAUGCAAUCAGAAAUUUGUUCCACAGUGCAGCUGGGUUUAAGGAGAAGUAUUUAUCCUGGAAGUCAUGGCAGCAGUGGUGUAUGAGCUUCAUAUUUCGGGAGGAGCCCCAGAGUUACGCUAGUCAAGAGGAACUGAACGGGGAAUCCCCCGCUGUAGAGGUGCAGAAAUACAAGGAUCCAGAGGGGUAUUUUGGAGCCUCUACAGAGCCUCGAACUCCUAGGUCACCUGAGGUAAAAUAUAGAGUGGGUCAGGUGAUACGUCACAAAAUCUGGGGCUACCGAGGGGUGAUAGUUGCAUGGGAUCCACAGGCCAGGGCCCCAGAGAGCUGGAUAGAACAGAACCAUAGAAAAGAUAAACCUCAAUGGAGGACUCAACCUAACUAUGCCAUACUUGUGGACACAAGGGACAGAAUGACCCCUCAGCUGACCUAUGUUCCACAGGAAAACAUUGAUAUAAUUACCAAUGUCAAGAUUAUGCAUCCUGGGAUAGAGAAUUAUUUUGAGGGAUUUGACGGUGCUCAGUAUAUACCUCGUCCUUGGCUGAAAACAGUGUUCCCCCAUGAUUGACCUUGUAGUCUUCUUAUCUGUUUUGACCUUGACAUUUCGUUUUCUGUCCUUGACAUUUCGUGAUAUUUCCGACAAUUAAUGUAUAUAUAGGAGGUACAUGGUAGACUUUUAAAUCAAUUUUCUAUUUCAUUAUAGUUGUUGAAUGUUGAGAUAUUUGGUUCAUAUGAUCAUACAUUUAUUUUUCUAGACUGGUGUAUUUAUUAGCAUCCUCAUAAAAAAAUGAUUCUAAUGGUCACUGUUUAAAGUAUUGUAAGAAUUUCAUUUACAUGUAUAUUCUUUUUUUUGUGGAAAGAUUUUAGAAACUAUAAAUUCACAAUUGGCAUAUACAGAUUUUGAGUUUACCAGUUAUUGAGUUUUUGCAGUAGAAUUUUUGAGUUCCUGCAAUAAAAUGUUUGAGUUUCUACAAUAGAAAAGGGAGCAUUUAAACUCUGGUUGGUGCAGGGGAAUGUUUGAAUAAUCUGGGAUGAUUUUUUAAAAUAUCCUUUUCUUUAAUACACAAAAAUCAUUUUAAAAAUCAACCAUGAAUUGAUUACCUUUCAAUAAACAAACUUACCAAAAUUAACAAAAUACAUAUAAGCACAAUUGAAAUGCUAAAUUAUUGAUUAUUGUGUAUGCCUUCUGUUACCUGUUGUCUUUCAGUUUAAUUUAUUUGAUAGUGUUUGUAAAAUUUCAGUAUGGGUAAUUGUUUCGCAAAAAAUGGCAACAAUUGUUACACUGUCAUUAAUGAUUAAACCCAAUAACUACCAAAUCCUGAUAACCCAAGUUGAAUAAAAGUUUUUGGAGGAUACUCUUUGAAUGACAUUGUUGCAAUGAAUCAAAUUGAAGCAGUUUGUUCGGUGCCAUUCAUGGUUAUAACUUAUCAGACUCACUUCCAUCAGGGAAUAUGGUUGUUAGCUUCACAACUGUUUGCUUGUACAACUCUACAUGAACUUGUUAAACAUUGAAAUAAAAAAAAUUUUAAA